AUGUCGACCACUGCCGAAUGGACAUUGUUGGAAAAACUCAUGCUUGCACAAGCCGUUUACAAACUGGGUGAAGAGGAUUGGGUCCAAAUCGCAAGCAAUCUCAACCAGAACUCCCUUCUCAAUCGCCAACCUGACUUUUUCAAUAAAGAGCACUGUUCACAAGAGUAUACACGGCUGCUGGAGAAUCUUGGAAUAGAAAAAUCGUCAACGUCGACUACGGAUGAGACUAGUGUACAGCAAAAGGAACGACCUGUUGUAAAGUUGGCCAAGCAGCUCUAUACACAGCGUGUCAGUGAACUGAAACGUGAUUUGGAAGAGACGAAUGCCAAAUACAGCACUCUCACUCACGAGAUUGAAGAGAUACGAGCCGGGAAAUGGGAUGAUCGACUGCUUGCGAAUGCCGGGCGUCAAGAUACGACAUCAGCACCUUCUUCCACUACAUCACCGACACGUGAUAAUGAUACAACAAUGCAAGAAGCGGAUGCAACACCAACUACUACGGUGAAAACAGAACCUAUGGAUACGACUAAUGACACUACUACCACCACAACACCUUCAAUGAACGAGACAAAUGCAUCAAAGGAGCGAGAGAUCAAAAAAGAACCUUCAGAAUCAUCGCCCAUCGUUACAGCUUCCGAAUCAUCAUCAACCCUUCAACCACCAUCAGCAGAACCGAUUUCCGAGGUACCUCAAAAUACAUCUUCUACUUCUGAAAAGGUAGUUGCAGCCACUGAUGCCAAUGCUGAAGUACCCACUUCUAUGCCUUCACCAUCAGCCAUUCCCAUCACACAAGGUUCAUCAUCUUUAUCAUCAUCACCACCACCUAAAACAACCGCCAUUUCUGGAGCAGAUGAUAAUCAACCACCAUCACCAAAACCUUCAUCACCUUCGAAACCAGCAGAGCAACCUGUUGACAACACUACCGCUACCAUCGAUACACAACCACUCAUCGAAUCAACAACCUCCCAAAAUGAAAUACAACAGCCUGACGGUGAGACUCGGCAAGAAACUGCCAAUGUGCCAUCUAUGGUAUUAGCGCCUACACCAAAGGAAGCAUUAUCAGCCGAACCACACAUGACAACACAUCCAACAUUACCCGUUCAAAUGGAACCACGACCACCAUCAGGACAACCUGGAUCAGAAGAUAGCUUUCAUUCUGCUGAAGAAUUGGAUACAACACAUCAACAACAACAACAACAACCAGCAGCAGCAGCAGCAGCAACAACAACAACAACUUCUGUACAAGAGACAACAUCAUCACCUCCUCAAAUGAAUGAAAAGCCAUCAUCCAAUGUCCCUAUUGAACAACGAGAUAAUACAACUACACAACCAUCACCCAUGGAAGAGAAUGAAGAUGACGUGAAUUUGAAGCGUAAAGCGGAUGAGGAGAUUUCGGGUGAUAUGGAACAUAAACGACCACGCAUGGACAAUGAGAAUGCUUCUGUAACACAACCACCAGACAGCUCGGAAGCCGCCAUUUCUGAUCUUGUUACGCAACCUACGCCUGGUGAGUCACCUGAAUCACAUCGACGAGCACCACCACCACCACAACAUGAUUCUCCAACACCGUCAUCGGCUGCUCAAACACCUGCAUCCAAUGCUAAAUCACCUGAAGCAGCCCCUUCAAGUACAAUGGCAGAUACAGAGAGCGUGACGGGUAGUGAAAGUAAUGCACCUACUCCCACAGCAUCCACCGGAUCCACUCGCAAACACAAAGAUGAGCAACGACAACAAAAAUCAUGGCAAAAGAACAUCAAUUUAUUAUGGCGGGAGAUUGCCAAUCACAAGAAUGGAGCCGUGUUUAUGAAUCCUAUCAAGGAGGCGACAGCACCUUUGUAUUAUCAGAUCAUCAAGCAUCCUAUGGAUCUUAAGGCUAUCAAAAAUCGUAUUCGUGAAGGGGCAAUCAAAUCGACAUUGGAAUUUGAACGUGAUAUUGUAUUGAUGCUUGCCAAUUCCCUCAUGUACAACAGAGAAGGCACAGAGAUGUAUCAAAUGGCGCUGGAAAUGUUGGAAGAUGUGUCCGAACAAAUCAAGCUCUUCAAGACAGCUGAUAGCAAUUCUCCACCCACGUCGCAUACCCGUAAAGCUAGUACCAUUGCCAAGGAUCGACGAAAGAGCAUGGCUGAUUAG